AUGUUGGGCACCGGCAGCUCGGGCGAGGGUCACCUCCGAGAUCACGCCAAACAGAAGUACAUCGGAACGUCGUUUAGGACCGAUGCCUUCAGCGACCAGAAAUACCUGGAAAUACUGGGCCAGGAGUUCAAUAGCGUGUCAUGCGAGGCUUUAAUAUGGGGGUUUCUGGAGGCAGUACGGGGGCAGUACAACUGGGAACCCGCCGACAAAGUGGUCGCAUAUGCAGAGCAACACAAUAUGACGAUCAGGGGGCAUAACCUCAUUUGGCACGAACUGUUACCCUCAUGGAUUGCGGGACUGGAGGGCAAAAAGGCUGAGCUCGAGCAAGUGAUGAAGGACCAUAUUAAUACAGUGGUUGGACGUUUUAAAGAUAAGAUCUACGCGUGGGAUGUGGUCAAUGAAGUGAUCGAUGAAGUGUCCGGCGAACUAAGGGACAGCAUAUGGUCGCGAACUUUUAACUACAGUUUCAUUGAGGAGGCCUUCCGUACGGCACACGCGGCCGACCCUAACGCC